GCAUGAGGUCACCCUGAGGUGCUGGGCCCUGGGCUUCUACCCUGCGGACAUCACCCUGACCUGGCAGCGAGAUGGGGAGGACCUGACCCAGGAGAUGGAGCUGGUGGACACCAGGCCUGGGGAAGAUGGAACCUUCCAGAAGUGGGCGGCGGUGGUGGUACCUUCUGGAGAGGAGCAGAGAUACACAUGCCACGUGCAGCAUGAGGGGCUGCUGGAGCCCCAAGUCCUGAGAUGGGUGCCCCCUCCUCAGUCCUCCAUCCCCACCAUGGGCAUCAUUGCUAGCCUGGUUCUCCUUGGAGCUGUGCUCACUGGAGCUGCGGUGACUGCAGCUGUGAUGUGGAGGAAGAAGCACUCAGGGAGACAAGGAGGAAGCUACACUCAGGCUGCAGGCAGCGACUGUGCCCAGGGCUCUGAUGUGUCUCUCAGCCCCUAAAGAUCUUUUACAAUGAACCUGAUGAGGCUCCUGUUGUGCACACCCUGGACAGCAGUGUGAUGGUGUCACUGUUGUUCUUAACUGUGAUAUUGAGCAUUUGUUCAUAUUUUAUUUUUCUUUGUCUACAUAAGUUGCUAUGUCUAUAAAUAAUAAUAAAUAAAAAGAUCUAUUUAUUCGUGCAUACAAGAACCAGGGUACAGGCCAGAUGCACAGGAGGUGAGAAGAUUUACCAGAGAUGUAGCGGGGAACAGAACAGGCAGACUGAUGAAAUACACUGCUGAGUGGAGCAGCGGGUGAGACAGGAGAGGUCUGCCACGCCAUGUGGGAUUCUCGCCCGCUGGAUGGGAUCGAACCUGCACUGCAGAGGCUGCGGACAGCUUCACAGUGCUGUGCUCAAC